AUGCGACAAAAUCAUCAUCGGCAAGCAACUUGUUCUAUUAUUGCAGAGCACUUGAAAGCGAGAUAUGAAGGUGUGAAAAAAGGUCCAAAUCCAGCACAAAUAGUUAAUGAGAUGAACAAGAAUCUUGGUGUAAAGUGUAGUUAUUGGAAGGCAAGAAAGUGCGCACAUGAACUUAUAAGGGGUUCAGCGGCAAACAGUUAUCCAAAACUCCCAUCUUACUUGUACAUGGUCCAAAAGUCUAAUCCUGGUACGUACACUAGAUUAAUUGUUGAUGAAGAACAGAAAUUCAAAUAUUUAUUUUUGUCUUUGGGAGUAUCCAUUAGAGGAUUUCGUUACAUGAGAAAAGUUAUAUCUAUUGAUGGAACUCAUUUGAAAAACCAAUUUGGAGGAAAUUUACUCAUUACAACUGCACAAGAUGGAAAAUUUCAAAUUUAUCCUCUUGCUUUUGGUAUUGUUGAUUAUGAGAAUGAUGCAUCUUGGAAUUGGUUUUUGACAUACUUACGAGAUCAAGUGCCUGAUACUACUGAUUUAGUGUUUAUAUCUGAUAGACACAAAAGCAUUAUAAAGGGAGUUCGAAAUGUAUAUAAAAAUGCUUACCAUGGAGCUUGUAUGUGGCAUCUUGGACAAAAUAUAAAGACAAAAUUUAGUGGUAAAGGUUUGAAAAAGUUGUUUGAGAAGACGGCAAAAGCGUACAGAGUUUCAGAGUUCACAAAGUUAUUUGCUGAGAUUUCUACAAAAAAACCAAGUCUGGCAACAUACCUGAAGAAUGCAUCUUUUGAAAGCUGGUCUAGAUGUCAUUUCCAUGGUAAUCGAUACAACAUCAUGACCACCAACAAUUCUGAGUCAUUGAACCAAGUUUUUAGAGAAGCUCGGGAAUGGCCCAUCAUUCCUUUAUUGGAGGAAAUUAUCACUACACUCUCCAGAUGGUUCUAUGAGAGAAGGACAAAUGCAAAUUCUUGUCCAACACCACUUACAGUUGACGCAGAAGAUAUAAUGAGACAAAGAUACGAACAAUCAAGGUACAUGAGAGUUACACCCAUUAAUCUAAGUGAGUUCCAUGUUAAAGCAAUGCAUCGUGGAGUAGAUGUUUAUAGUCUAUGCUCAAAAUUCUACACGACUGAAUUUUGGAGGAUGGCUUAUUCAGAAUCUAUUUACCCUUUACCACCUGAAAUAGAAUGGCUUCUUCCAGAAGAGGUUAAGUCUCAAGUCGUUAUCAAACCAGUUAAGUUAAUUCCCCCAGUGAGACCAAAGAAUAAACGAAUUCCUUCGAGAGGAGAGUUUCCAAAGGAGAAGAGUAAUUCUGCACCUGAAUCUUCAUCAAAGAAAGUAAAGGGUAAGGUUUCUGAUGUUGAUGGGGGAAAAAAGCAAUAG